GCCAAGUCGUCGCUGCUGUCGUGUCCCGACAGUGCGCGCUAUAUUUGGCCGAUAACGUGCCGUGCGCGCUCCAACAUAUUGCGCGUUCUGCCGUGCGGGAAUCCUCGCUUGGCGCACCGCGGCCCUCGUCGAGCGGCCCCCGUGGUAGCACGCAGUCCGCAGCUCCGUCGCCGAGAAGCGUCGUGCGGCUGUUUCUCGCGCGAGCCCACGUCGUUGCGUCGUCGGCCGAGCCCCCGCGCGCGCGGCUCUCGACGCGCCUCGUCGUCAGCGCGCGCGGCCAACCGGGCGCUGUCGACGUUGCGUCUCGAGAUCGGCGAGUAACGCAAUCAAAUACCGCGCGCGCGCGCGUGCCCCAACGAGCGCGCCUCUCGGGGUCCAACGACGAGAUUCCGCCGAUCGCGCGUCGCCUCAUUGUGAAACGCUAUUGUCAUCGCGAUCUCGGGGGAUCGCGCCCGCGAGUGUAACGCCGCCGAUACUGCGUGCUCCCCGGUGCCUACGUGUAUCGUCAUCGGCCAGGGUGUCGUGCCAGGCGCCAGGUUGUUCUAUGACUCGGCCGAGCGGCUAUUCCGCGGGGAUGACUGGUGUUUCCUCGGGACGGACUGUGAGGUUCUCGCGAUAGCCCGUGUAUCCGCGGGGGCGGCUCGGCGACGUCGCUACGACUGUUAGCUUUCUGUAUAGUGCUUCUGUGACCGAGCAUCGGGACGUGCUACCGUGGAAGAGGCGUGGGAAGCGUGCCUGAUGUGAUACGUGUACAUGAAUGGGGACAUUGGUAAGCUCCCACCAGGGGCGGUCUACCCAGCCACCCCUGAACCCCUGGGUCCGGUUGCAGGCGCGAUCGGUGGUGGAGUGUCUAGUUUAGAAUACGGAGUCAUGAACGGUGCGCCCAGCGGAAGUGAGUUGAUUCUCGAUGCAGGUGUCGGCAGCCUAGAACCAACGUCGCAACACGCCAUAGGCAUUGGUGGUGCUGUCGGAUACGGUCCAGUGGAUGUUGCUGCUCUGGGUGAUGCGUCUGCUCCACCCGCAUCAAUGGCCGAUUUAUCUGUCCCUGGCAUACCCCUGGAACAACUCAAACAGAUGCUCUCUUCGCAACUCGAGUAUUAUUUCUCCAGGGAGAAUUUAGCCAACGAUACAUAUUUGUUGUCGCAAAUGGACAACGAUCAAUAUGUGCCGAUAUGGACAGUAGCGAAUUUUAACCAAGUAAAGAAGCUGACGAAAGAUAUUAAGCUCAUAACCGAAGUGCUGAGGGAGUCUCCUAAUGUGCAAGUGGACGAGGAGGGACAGAAAGUGAGGCCCAAUCACAAACGAUGUAUUGUGAUACUUCGCGAGAUCCCGGAUAACACUCCUCUGGAAGAUGUGAAGAAUUUAUUUUCGGGGGAGGGAUGUCCAAGGUUUAUUUCGUGCGAGUUUGCUCACAAUAGUUCAUGGUAUGUGACGUUUGAAUCCGACGAGGAUGCUCAAAAGGCCUACCGAUUUUUACGUGAGGAAGUUCGAGAAUUUCAGGGAAAGCCGAUAAUGGCGAGAAUCAAAGCUAAGCCAAUGAAUAGGCUACCGAUACCAGCGGUGGCUGGUGUAGGUGGCAUAAAAAAUGGCUACAGAACUCCGCCUCCUCCUCCCGUUUACGAUCCGAGCAGUUACUCGACUGGACAGCAGCGUUUCCUUUAUACAAACGGCACGACCCUGCCUCAAAAUACUAUGCAGGCGUACGCGAACCAAGUCCACGUUUACCAUCAACCAUUCUAUCACACUAAUAUGAUGCCUUGGGGACCAACCAGUCCCGCAUACUUCGAUAUGUCCGGUGUUUUUAUGAAUGGAAUUACACCGCACAACACUUUCAAACCUCACAACACAAGAUACAAUCCGCGACACAGCAGGAUCUCACUCGCUGUACGCAGAAACAAACAGAGAAACGGCUCCGACCGAGGCUGCUUGAUAGACCCUGCCAACCCCAGCAACAACAGCAACAACCACCACCACCAUCACCACCACCACCACCACCACCAUCAGCCGUCGUCCAUGCCGCCGAUGAGCAGCCGCUCUCAUCCACCUCUGACCGGUAACAGCGGUGGCGGUGGCGGCAUGCCCCUGAGCUCCUCCACGUCUACCUACGCUCCGAGUCUGCCGCCCUCAAAGCCACUAUCUUCUGCCACAUCCUCCUCCUCGACCUCUUCCUACCAGUCCGGCACAAAGUUCCAUUCCUCGUCCGCGUCGAGCGUGGAGCACGCGAAGGGACCUUCCUCCUCCUCGUCCUCAUUGUCCUCCGCGCAGGACCAGGACGCGACUGCGGAACCGUCGAUACCGUCGAUGCCGCCGUUUACCCGCCAUCGUAUCAAUCGCAGGACCAAAGAUCAGGACGCGAAGGCGGCCGCCGGGAACAACUCGCUUCCGGCAAUCAAAGAGUCGCUGCCGGUUGGCAGCGGCGGUAGCGGCAGCGGCAGCAACAGCGGUGGCGCCGGCAGCGGCGGUUGCGGCGGUGGUGGUGGCGGCGGCGGCAGCCGCAGCAGCGGCGUCCAGUUCGACUUGGAGGCGGCUGCGUUCCCACCCUUACCCGGCCUCGACGCUGACCUUGGCAAGGCGUCGGUCGACGUCGGCAGCGCCGGCGAAUCGUCGCAGAACCGACUGUCCGACGUUGUCAAGGGUACGGCCAAACUCAAGGCCGCUGUCAAAGACAAGGACAGCAGCCAACAGCAGCAACAGCCGUCCGCACCGGCGGCGAACGUUGCCAGCAGGUCCGCUAGUCCCGGAGCUGUUAUGGGUGCUGCCGAGGCGCAGGGAAAUGCUCUAGGCAAUUCUACGACUCCUGCGAGCGCGCUUGUCCUUAACCCUGCGCCGGCCAACAAUGAGAAUACGGCUGACGUCGCGCUCAGCACCGUCACGCUCACUCCCCCGUCAUCUCCUGAUAAAUCGAUAAAGACUGACGACUCGAACAUGGUGAACGGUGUGGACGACGCUGUAGAUGCGAACGCGCACAUGCCGGCAGUGGUGGUGACGUCGACGACGGCGACGACAACAGCGGCUACGACGACGGCAUCGGCGGCAGCGGCAGCGGCGGUGGCGGCAGCGGCGGCGGCGGCUGUGGUGGCAGACGAAGCCGAGCCGAUGACCAGGUGCGAUUGUAACAGCGUCGUCGUCGUCGUUCCUUCUCCUACUGCCUCACUCAACUCCCAAUCGCAAACUGGAGUGGCCUCUACCUUCCCUAUAGAUCUUACAAGGCCGAGCUAUGCCCAAGUAGCGCAACAUUGCCGCGAGCUACCUUGUACAAAACACAAAACGGACGAGAGGGACAGAAACGUUUAAAAGCGACAUGUGACGACGGAAGACGCACGGCGAAUUCGGCUUCGGAUAUCGCCGAGCAAGACGCCUUUGCGGACGUUACCACGCGACGACGGGUUAACAACGACUUUUAGCCGUUGUGUUGCUACGUCAUCGUCAUCUCCUCGGGGUCGGAUCACGGAUACCGGAGCCCGGAGCUCGCCGCUGCUUUUCACCACCACCCCCCUUAUAUUCACCCCCCGGCACUCCUCUCGGAUAAGCCGUCACGCGCUAUGGGCGCGGAAAAGAGAACUUUUUACAUUGUACAGUGACGUCACGCCUACGAUCAACGAUCGAUCGAUCGAUCGACGGAUCGAUUAAAAGAAAGAGAGAGAGAGGGAGAGAGAGUGUGUGCAUGUGCGUAAACAAGAGCAAGAGAGAGAGAGAGAGAGAGAGAGAGAAAGAGAGAGAUCGUGUGUACGAGCGCAUAUUACGUGCGUAUAUGCACACGUGCGCUCCGUUUGUGUGCGCGCUCGUGCGUAUGUGGCUGCGUAUGUAUCUGUGUGUCUACGUGUGAUUCUGUGUGUGUGUGUGUGUGUGUGUGUGUAUGCGAGAGAGAAAGAGAGUUUAUGUAAACGUAUGAGACUCGCCACGACGCAUUAUAGCGACGCAUUCGCCGGCGCUGUUAAUUAAUACAGGGUGAUCGGAGAGUCCCGUGGUGCGAGACGUGGUUCGCGACAGACACGCGAUUGAGAAAUAUUGCCGAUGUGUUUUGGCUGACGCGAGUUGCCGUCGACGUUUUUACGUCGCAAUUCGUCUCGAUCGUAGUUUCUAUGAUUCAAGGACACGAGAAUUUUUACAAGGGCUUGAGAGACUCCAUGGAUAUCGAAGCGUUCGCGGUCAUUGAAUCAUCGUUCGGGGAGCAAACGCGUCGCGUAAAGCGCGCGAAACACCACCCCUCGCGAUAUUCUGUUCCAUUCGGAGCGGAAGGUGUAUGAAAUUGAUUAUUAUAAUCCGAGGAUUCGCGGACUCUCGGGUGGACUCUCGGGCGGAUCCGCUGAGAAUUGACUCUUGAGGCUUCACGAGACGCGGGGAUAAGUGACGAUUUAUCGAUUUUAAAAGCCCUACGAGCUUCGAUAUGAAUACGCAGCUUCGAGUAUCUAUUAAGCCAAGCUUUAGUUUUAAGAUUUCGUCGGUAAUUGGUAAGUUAAGGACUCUGAGCUAAUAACGAGUAUGUAUAGAUCUAAGGAUCUAUGAAUCCAAAAGUUCAAAUACGCGAUAUAUUGUACAUGACCAUAUAUAUAUAUAUAUAUAU